AUGGCCCUAUCGGACGCAUCUGAAAUCAGAUUGGUGAACGGUUGGAGUCGCUGCAGCGGGAGAGUGGAAGUGCUCCACAAUGGAGUGUGGGGCACUGUUUGCGAUGACAAUUGGGGUGUGGAGGAUGCAACAGUUGUGUGUAGGCAACUGGGGUGUCUACAUGCAAUAUCAGCCCCACCUGCUGCAUAUUUUGGAAGCGGAACUGGCCAAAUCUGGCUCGAUGAGGUCAGAUGCAAAGGUGCAGAAUCAUCUCUCAGUGAGUGCUUAGCAAAUCCUUGGGGAGAGGAGAACUGCCAUCAUGGAGAAGAUGCUGGUGUCAUAUGCUCAGAGCUAAGGCUGGUUGGUGGUUCAACUCCGUGUGCUGGCCGGGUCGAAGUGCUCCGUAACCAGGAAUGGGCCACAGUGUGUGAAAAUGGCUGGGACGUCAACGAAGCCCGUGUUGUGUGCCGAGAAGUGGGCUGUGGAGAUGCUUUAGCAGCACCAGGUGGAGCGAAGUUUGGACAAGGUUCUGGACCCAUUUGGAUGGAUGGAGUCAACUGCACAGGAGAUGAAGUCAGUCUAAUCAAAUGCCCAGCAAACCUAUUGGCAGAACACAGCUGUGACCACAGCAAGGAUGCUAGUGUCGAGUGUGCAGAACUACCCGAGAUCAGAUUAGUGAAUGGCCUCAGUCCUUGUUCUGGGAGAGUCGAGAUACUCCAUGACAGACUUUGGGGGACUGUAUGCGGUGAUGACUGGGACCAUGAAGACGCCCAAGUUGUGUGUCGUUACCUUGGGUGUGGAGAUGCUUUAUCAGCCCCACAAGGUGCCAAAUUUGGAACAGGAUCGGGACCUAUCUGGCUAGAUGAUGUUAACUGCAAAGGGACCGAGAGCGCCGUCAGCCAGUGCCAGGUCAAUUACCAGGUGAAGAAUAACUGCUCCCAUAGUAAAGAUGCUGGUGUUGUGUGCAGAGGUACCUCUUCAGACAUCCGUCUAAUGAAUGGCUCAGAUCGCUGCUCUGGGAGAGUUGAAGUGUAUCGGAAUGAGCAGUGGGGGACCAUUUGUGAUGAUGGAUGGGAUCUACAAGAUGCCCAAGUGGUGUGCCAAGAAAUGAACUGUGGAAAUGCCUUAUCAGCAUUAGGUGGUGUGCACUAUGGCCAAGGAUCUGGUGCCAUCUGGACGGACAGACUUAACUGCAUGGGAAAUGAAAUGGCCCUCAAAGAAUGCCCAAGAAGUUCUUUGGGGGAGCAUAGCUGUGACCACAGAAGGAUUGCAAGUGUGGAAUGCUCAAGUAAUUUUAUAUUAAAUCAUGUAAUUUAA